UUUAAAUCCUAAAAAGUGAGCAAUAUGAGUACUCACGAGAACACAGGAGAGAGCUCUCUCAAUGAUAACACCCUAACUGACGAACUUCUCAGUAGAGUUGCAGAGCUGGAGACAAAGUUUAGAGACCAAUUUGACCAUAAUCCUCUUCAGAAAAAUGUCUAUGAGAUUGUUUCUGAUCAAACAAAAGGCGAUAAUAUUGACCCAUACAUGCUUUGCGCCAUUUUCACAGAUUUUGCAGAAUCCUUCCUUGAAAAGGCCUUUGAUACAACCCAGACCAUUCAGCAAAAUGAUAAGAUGAGUAAAGAACUGUACAAGGCAAAUGACCUGAUUCGUCGUUUGACUGAUGAAAACGAGUAUCAUCUGGGCAAGCUCAAGUCUCUUGGAAAACAGCUGGAACUCUACAAGGAAAGCUGGAGAGGAAAGAUGACUGAACAAUCAGUUGAAAGACAGAUCUCAGACCUCCUCAAGCAGAAAGAUGAGGAGGUAGAAGACCUCAAACUCCAACUGACUAGCGUUGAACAAGAUUUUGCGCAAUUCAGAGUCGAGGCUAAGAAUAGCAUUGAAAAUAUGCCAGGAAUUGAAAACACACCAGCUAAGACAUUUGUUAAUGAAGAGAGCGAGCCAAAGCAAUUUAGUGAACUGAAAGGUAACGAUCCUUCAAAGUACAGAAUUCCUAAAUCAAUGAACUUCGAUCAGAUUUAUAAUGAACUCACUUGAAUGGAUCAUAAGACGCUUCUCGAUCAUUGAAUGGACCUAAAAGUAAAAAGCUUUAAUCAGAAUAAGCCUCAAGAGAGAUCUAAAAGCCGUUCUUCAAGUGCUGUGAGGAGCUCACAGCCCUGUUGAGUCCAUAAGACUCUAAUGCAGACUGAAAAGAACACUGAAAAUCUUGAGAAGAGGUAUAAAAGGAUUAAAAAGCUUGCUGAUGAACUUAUCACUCAAAAUGAAAUCUACCAAAAAGAUAUAGGCCGCUCAGAAAGGAUGAUCGAAAGCUUAGAAGGAAGAUUCAACGACCUAGUAGAAGACUUCCAGAAGUACAUCAAUGAAAAAGAUAGAGAAUUGGCUAUCAAAGAUGAUGAGAUCAGGAAGAGCAAGCAAACUCAGCAUGAAGAAAGCGAAGAGAACUUCAAUUCUCUCAAUGUUGACCCAGAAGAACGCAACAAGGCUCUAGAAAUUUAUGAGAAAAUUAUGAAGCAAUACGAAGCUGCACACGAGAGGGAUGAAGCUCUGUUAGAAAUCAUCAAGCAGUACAUUUAUGAGAGGAAGCAACCAAAUAUAGCAUAUGGCAUUUGGGAAGCUGCUGAUUUUGCACAUUGAAACAACAUUGAGAAAACAUACAAGCUGAUGAAAGCUCUACUCCAAGAUUGCUACAUUCCUGUGAAGAGACCUCAAGCAGAAGAAAUCGAAGAAAAGCACAGCUUCUCUUUUAGAGAAGGCCAACUUAAGGAAAGCUUUGAUAAAGAGAGAAGGAUGAAGGAUGAGCGCCUGGAAGAGAUGAAGAAUACUCUUGAGUCGAGAAACCAUGAGGUUCUUGAACUCAAAGAUAUCAUCAGGCUCAAAACCCAAGAGUAUGAACUUCUCAAGCAGAAGUUCAAAGAUUAUGAAGUAGAAGUUCUUAGUGGAGAUGGUAUGAAGAGCACAGGAAAUCUCAAAUCAAACUCAAAUUCAGGUCAGAGUAGCCCUAGGAAAUCAAAAUCUCAAUCAAAUAGAAAAUCACUUGACAAGGCGAUCAAGCCUUAUAUCAAAAACAAGAGGGAGGAUGCCAAUUUGCAUCAAAGGAUAACUUAUCUUGAAGAAGAAAAUAAACGACUCAAGAUGAUGAGCAAUCAGAAUGACCUGGUGAGGCAAAGCCAACCUGGUGGUUUUGAAGACAAUCAAACUCAUGAGAAUGAUGCAACUGUGAUCAUUGGAGGUGUGAGCCACACAGGGCUUAAUGCUACAGAGGAGCAUACUAGUUUUAAGAAUGCCAAACUUGAUAUGAGCCCUAUUCAAACCAGAGACAGGGAUGCUAGCGCUGCUGAUGAAACCAUUCUGGGAGUAUUUGACCCGACAGGUAGUAAGAACAGAAAUAGCAACCGCAAACUAAUGUUCGAUGAUCAAGAUUAUGCAAGCAAAGAGAAUCUAUCAUCCUCCACUCCAGAUAUGAACUACACUAGAAGCAACAAAGAAAGUCUUUAUAAAUCAGAAGAUGGUCUCAUAGAGAAUUUAAAGAAUGACCUAAAUGAUAAAAUGGGGAUUAUCGACCAAUUGACCUCUCAAAUUAAUUACUUCACAAAGAACUCAAAGGAUUACUCGAGCCCGAGGUUCAAUGACCCUCAGAAUACUACUAGGCAUAGAAUAAAGGAUCAAGCAGAGGUCUUAGAGAAUAUCUCAGGCAGAAUGAUCAGGAAUUUGGAGAACACAGAAGCAAUCAAUGUGUAUUUUACUGAUAAAUUUGAGAAUCUCCUGGAAGACCCCAGAGAUGCCAACACUGAGCUCGAGAGGAUUUCUUCCUUUGAGAAGGACACUUUGGAACAGGAGAUCACAGAUGACUCACAAAUAUUGGAUACAAUGGAAGCUCUGAACAAAUUAUUGCAAAAAUCUAUGAGAAAUUUGGAGGAUUUGUACACAAAACUUAGGAAAUGCCAAGACCCAAAGCCAGAUGAUGUUGAUCCAGAGCAAGAAAAGAGAAUGCUGCACGUUAAAUCUAACCAUGAACUGUUUUUGAUAAAGGACCUCACUGAAGAAGUCACCAGGAUUAUCAGAAACUCUAAGAUUACGAAAGAAGAGUUUGACAGGGUUUAUUUUUCAAUUAUUCCAAGAGGCCACCAAUCUGAGUCAGACUUCAGUGAAUUAGAAAGAUCUGAUUUCACUCAAAACAGGGACAAAAUGACUAAAAUAAGCUCUAUAAAACAUUUCAUGGGGGAUAUGACAGGUUUUAUUGAGCACCUGGAAAGACUUUUCCAUGAGAUCAUUGACAGAUCUACCACCAUAAUUGAUAAUGGAGAUUUGAUCGAGCAAAAUUACAUUAGACUUCUUGAGAUUGCGAAUGGCAAAUCAGAUCAAAAGAAAAUGAUCUGAGAACUUCAUGCUCUUAAUGAAGACAAUCUGAGAACUAUUAUGAAGCUAAGGAAAGAAUUGAUUUGAACUAAGAAAGCCAAUAAUGACCAGAAAUUACCCACAUUGGAGUUAGAUAAGGUAGAUAGCAACAAAGGACCUCAGAGUGUUGUCAUUCAUGAUACGGACUUUAUUGAUCAGCCAGGUAGAAGACACUUUUCUGCCUCUUUGCGUUCUAACAUAGAGAAGGACACUUUCUUAUCCAAGAAGUUACAGGAGGCUGAUAUUCAUAUUGAUAAACUCAAAGACGCUUUGCAGGAUAAAGACAGGGUGAACCAGGCACUCGAAAAUGAAAUAAUGCGGAAAGACCAGACCAUAAAACUUCUCAACCAGAACUAUGAGAGCACUCAUCACAGAGAGAUUGACUCCAAGCAGGAGCUGAACCUUGAAAUCCAGCGUCAGAGGAAGGAGUUCCAGAAACAAAUAGAAGAUCUGAACUGCCAGCUUGAUAAGAAGUGCACUCAGGUUCAGGAUUUGGUCAGUGAGUUAUAAAUCAAAAAGACAAAAUGCUUAGAGACAACUCCUCCCAAAAACAAGGAGAAUAUGACUCACAAAAAGUUUUGGAUGAUAACAAGAGAAUGUAUCGCGAAAUUACUGUGAUAAAAGAUGAGGCAAAUAAAUAUAAAUUGAGGAUAAAUCAGAUGUAUAAUGAGCUAGACUCAUAUAAGGCUUCACUAGCUUCUUUAGAAAGCCAAAACAAACGUCUGAAAGCUCUGAAUGAUGAGCUCAACAAGACAUUGGCUGAUGAAAGAGUUUCCAACGAGAGAGGGAGAGACCGAGUUCAUGACCAAAUGUCAAAAAUGUCGAAUAAAGUCACUGAACUAGAAGAAGUCUCAGAAUCGAUGGAAAACUCUAAAAGAGAUUUUAUGAAGAAAAGCGACUAUCUCAUGCAAAGACUUCUAGAUUUAAGGGAUUACGUCAUUUCUGGAGACCUUCAAACUUCAAGAGGAGGACCAGCUCCAGGAACUGUAAGGAGCAAUCUUUCUCAAAUGUUCAGCUCUGUUUCUCGCAAUCCAAUGGAGUUGAACAGUAAUGAUGACAGCGUUGAAGAAAUUAUAAGAGACAUAAAGGCCAAGCUUGAUGGAUACAAAUGUAAGGUGACAAAUUAUCAAACAGCUAUCAAUAGAUUACAAGCUGAAAAGCAAAAUCUUUACCAAAGCGUAAACAAGCUGCAGGUUGAUAAAUCUCAAGGCUUUAGUACACCUGUGACUAAAGCUGCUAAUUCAUCAGUAAAGAAAAGCUCAUUGGAAGAGCUUGAUGAUAAACCAAAUCAAAAAGAGGGCCAAAAGACUGAUGCUAUGGUUGAAUACCUGCGGACUGAGAUCUCUCAUCUCCGUAAGAAAGUCAGUCAAAAUUUGUUAACGAAGGAACAAACCUCAGACAUCGAGGAAAAGGCAGCCCAAUUUGGACAAUUUAUGAGCGAGAUUUAUAGGCCAGGAAAGGACCUGAUCUACCAGUUAUGAACUGACCCUCACCUUUCAGAAUCCUUCUUUUAUAAGGAAGGCGCUGCUUUUAAGGGUAUGGAUCCCAAGUUUUGCCUCGAUGUAGCCAAGAUUUUUGAUAUUUCUAAUGAAAAGAUCGUUGAUUUACGCACAGUUUUGGAUCAUAAAGAGCAGGUUAUAAGAGAGCUUGACCGUAAAGUUAUUGAGCUACGCAUGAAAUUUACUCAGCAAGAGCAAGCUAAGAAGGAAGCAGAAAGCACUUAUAACCUCAAAGUCAAGGAAAAUUUCCAGGGAUUGGAUCAACAGUGCAGAAAUUUUGCAUCAAAUUUGAAAGUUCUAUCAGCUAAGUAUGAGGAAGAGAAGAAGAAGUGCAGCCGUUUAGAUGAAGAAAAUGUGUAUCUCAAGAAAACCCUAAAAUCCUCUCAAAAAGACCUAGAUGACCACAACAUUCUCAAAUCCAACUUCGAAGCCCGCCUGAAAAUAGCUAAGGAAGAAGGCAUGCGCCAAGGUAGAUGAGAAGGAAUCAUGGACAGUAAAAUGAACGAAUACAUCACAAAGUACAAGCAAGACAUCGAGCAGCAGGCUGACCAAAUAGUUGAUCUAAAGCUAACCAUUGAAAAACUGACUCACUCCAACACCAGGCUUAAGGCCCAAGUUGAAAAACUGAACGGCCAGAUCUCAACAGAACGGAAUCUUCAAAAGACCUUGAGUAAGGAAGUAGAACAACUUACUGUGGAAGUGCAGGCUCUGAAGAGAGAGCAGCAGGAUUAGUAUGAUUUUUUGACGUUUUG